GAGCGCGGAGGCGGAAGUUCCCCGCCGGGCUGAAGGGGACGGCGCAGGCAUUGGGAGCCACUUGUCAGCGCUGCUCUGAGGCGGAGGCUGCGCCGCGCGGGUCCCGGUUUCUUUCAUUGAUUUCGGAACUGCACAUUGAACCCUUGGAACCAUGAGCAACUACAGUGUGUCGUUGGUCGGCCCAGCUCCUUGGGGUUUCCGUCUCCAAGGUGGCAAGGAUUUCAACAUGCCCCUGACCAUCUCUAGUCUGAAAGAUGGUGGCAAGGCAUCACAGGCACAUGUGAGAAUAGGCGAUGUGGUCCUCAGCAUUGAUGGAAUUAGUGCACAUGGAAUGACUCAUCUUGAAGCCCAGAACAAGAUUAAGGGUUGUACAGGCUCCUUGAAUAUGACUCUGCAAAGAGCAUCUGCUGCAGCCAAGCCGGAGCCCGUUGCUGUCCAGAAGCCCACAGUCACCAGCGUGUGUUCCGAGCCUGCUCAGGAGCUAGCAGAGGGACAGAGAAGAGGAUCCCAGGGUGACAUUAAACAGCAAAAUGGUAACCCUGGCACUGUGAAAAUUCCACCUAAACGCCCACCGAGAAAACACAUUGUGGAGCGCAACACGGAGUUUUAUCACAUCCCCACUCACAGUGAUGCCAGCAAGAAGAGGCUGAUCGAGGACACUGAAGACUGGCGCCCACGGACUGGAACAACUCAGUCUCGUUCUUUCCGGAUCCUUGCGCAGAUCACCGGGACCGAACAUCUGAAAGAAUCUGAAAAUGACAACACAAAGAAGGCAAAGUUUGACAGUUCUCUGGAAGACCUACUUAAGAGUGGACCUCACCCACCUGCUGCUCCCCAGGUGUUAAAUAUUCAUAGUCAAGUGGCCACAUUUUCUAAAGUAGCAGCCACUUACUCUAGUGUAAGCAGCUCUACAAGGACUGUAGAAGGCUCUGUGGAAGGUUCUGGAAACUUUUCUGCCUUCUCCCCUCCUGCUAGAUACAGUGCUGCAGUUGUCAGUGGUGCGGCUGCCACUGUGUCUGCCGUUCUCGCUGCAAAAACCAGGCUCUCCGGCCCUGAAAACUCUCAGUCCCUCCUGGAUGCGCUUUGCAUCAGCACUGUUCCCAAGCCUCUAGCUUUUUCCUGUCUUCAGUCCUCCGAGAAGUCAAGUGGCUCUAUCCGUGUUAAGAAAAGCAGUAGCACUCAGGAGCCCUCUCAGCAGUCAGCGUCUCCAGGAGCUUCGCCUCUGAGCAAGUCUGAGAGCCUAGAGAGCCCAGGUUCCAGCAAGCCAGGGGUGGCCGGCCUCAGGACCGCGGCUGCCUUCAAGCCUGUAGGAUCCACCAGCGCCAUCAAGUCACCGAACUGGCAGCGUCCAAGCCAAGCAGCACCUUCUACUGGAAGAAUUACAAACAAUGCAACUUCUUCAGGUACAGGGGGCCCUGCGAACUCAGCUGUGGGGCCACCAAGUGACCAAGACACCCUCGUGCAGAGAGCUGAGCACAUUCCAGCCGGGAAGCGGACUCCCAUGUGUGCUCACUGCAAUCAAGUCAUCAGGGGACCUUUCCUCGUGGCUCUGGGGAAGUCUUGGCACCCAGAAGAAUUUAACUGUGCUCACUGCAAAAACACAAUGGCCUACAUUGGAUUUGUUGAAGAGAAGGGAGCACUGUAUUGCGAGCUAUGUUACGAGAAGUUCUUUGCUCCUGAAUGUGGCCGCUGCCAGAGGAAGAUUCUUGGAGAAGUCAUCAAUGCCUUGAAACAAACCUGGCACGUGUCCUGUUUUGUGUGUGUGGCCUGUGGAAAACCCAUUCGCAACAAUGUUUUCCACUUGGAAGAUGGAGAGCCAUACUGUGAGACUGAUUAUUAUGCCCUUUUUGGAACAAUAUGCCGUGGAUGCGAAUUCCCCAUUGAAGCUGGAGACAUGUUCCUUGAAGCUCUGGGUUAUACCUGGCAUGAUACUUGCUUUGUGUGCUCGGUGUGUUGUGAAAGUUUGGAAGGGCAGACAUUUUUCUCCAAGAAGGACAAGCCACUUUGCAAAAAACAUGCUCAUUCUGUGAAUUUUUGAAGAUCAACAGUUCCAGGAAGAGAAGAAAUCUGAAGAAAAAGGGGGAAAAUUUAAAUUACCAUUUAAUUUUUAGUUUUAAUAUUUAUAUGAAGUUCUAAAAUAGUAGUAGCCCUGAAUGGAUAAACGCCAACAUUAAAAACCAAGUCUGUGACAAAAUGUUUGGCUUCAGAAAGUCACAGACAGUUUGGGAUUUAUUAUGACUAGCCUGUAUUUUCUGCCCAUGAAGUAGUCUUUAUAAAAAUCAAUUUCCUGACUAUUAAAUUCAUCUUAGAAUAAAUUAGUAAAGGAUUACACUUUAGAAUUAAAAACUCUAGCCUCUAUGCUGAAGUGAUACUUUCCUUGUUGGGUAGCUAUGAGAAUUCACAGAAGGCAAUAAAAGUGCCUUAAACUUUAUUCAUAAGAAUAGUUGUUUAAGAAACCUACUUUAUCUUUAAAAUAGUAAGUAAGAGUUUAAAUAAAUUUGUGAGUAGGUGGUGUCUUU